AGGAACCUUUAUUUUGAAGGCGACCCGCAAAUUCCACUAAUGUGGCUAAUCCUUCAUGUUUGCUGUCAAUAUGUACAGUCAUGCAUUUGAACCGAUUUGAACAGUCAAGGCGGAAGAUCUACGGUGACGGACAUGGAUACAACAGCUCUGGUCUAUAAGAUCCUCUGUGCCCAUAAUGGGUAUUUUGAGCUGGAAGAAAUGCGUGCCAACUUUAGCACGCCAGAAGAUGACCUGGAGAGUGUUUUAGGGAAUCAGGAUAUGUUUACCAGUGCUGUCUUUGAGGGAAACAAACUGAUAUUUGCCAAAACGAAAAUGAGAUUAUGCAGAGACAAGGAAUGUAAUGGCUGCAGCAAUUUACAUCUGUGUAUAUUCUACCUUUAUGGAACGUGUCGAUUCAAUGAGGGACAACGGUGCCGCUUCUGUCAUGAGCUGACGUCAGAAUACAACAUCAGAGUCCUGAGAGAGCAUCACCUGGAGAAAUUGGACAGGAGGGAGCUGUGUAUGUUACUACUGCAGAAUGACAACACCCUCUUACCCCCAGUUUGCUUCACAUACAACAAAGGUAGUGGAGAGUACGGAUACUGUCCUGACAAGGAGAAAUGCAGAAGACUCCACGUCUGUGAGCGCUACAUUACAGGAACCUGUGCUGCAGAGGUGGACUGUGACAGGUCUCACGACUUCUACGAGCCCCACCCGCUCAACACCCUACAGCAGAGGGGACUACCUAAUGAACUGGUGGCAUCCAUGUUGUACACCUACCGCAACAACCAGGCCAUUCAGAAUGAGGAAGGCUCUAGACCUGUGUGUCAUCCUCCUCCACCACCACCACCACCACCCCCACAAACAUAUCUCCCGGCCCCCAAUGUUGUCCAAAGAGAGACCCACUACAUCCACUUGCAGCCAAUCAUAGUACACUCACAAGUGACCCCUUCAAUGCUCUGCAAUUUCAAGUUAAAAUCACGUCCCUUUGUCCACACCAAACCCAAGAGCCGUACUAAGCCAUCAUCAGCUUCACACCAAUCAAAACCCUCUAAACCACCUACACCAGUUCCACACCAAUCAGAGUCCGCUAAACCGCCUCCACCAGCUUCACACCAAUCAAAACCCUAUAAACCACCUACACCAGCUCCACACCAAUCAAAAUCCUCUCACACGGCUCCACACCAAUCAAAAUCCACGAAACCACCUUCACCAGCUCCACACCAAUCAAAAUCCUCUAAACCACCUACACCAGUUCCACACCAAUCAGAGUCCGCUAAACCGCCUCCACCAGCUUCAUACCAAUCAAAACCCUAUAAACCACCUACACCAGCUCCACACCAAUCAAAAUCCUCUCACAUGGCUCCACACCAAUCAAAAUCCACGAAACCACCUUCACCAGCUCCACACCAAUCAAAAUCCUCUAAAGGCCCUCCACCAACUCCACAGCAAUCAAAAUCCUCUAAAGCGCCUCCUCCAACUCCACAACAAUCAAAAUCCUCUAAACCGCCUCCACCAACUCCACAGCAAUCAAAAUCCUCUAAACCGCCUUCACCAGCUCCACAGCAAUCAAAAUCCUCUAAACCGUCUCCACCAACUCCACAGCAAUCAAAAUCCUCUAAUCCACAUCCACCAGCUCCACACAAAUCAAAAUCCUCUCAACCAGCUCCACAUCAACCAAAAACAACCAAAGCUCCUCCAUCAGCCAGGCGAAGAUGAAUUUUUGCAGAAACCAGAAAUCACACAGUACCAGUCAAAAGUUUGGGGACACAUUUAAGUCAUUUAGCAGACGCUCUUAUCCAGAGCGACUUACAAAUUGGUGCAUUCACCUUAUGACAUCCAGUGGAACAGUUACUUUACAAUAGUG